AUGAGACUUGGAGAUAUGUUCUUGAAGAAACCAGAGCCAGUGGCCGAUGAAUCUAGCGACGAAAGGUGGAAGUGGUUUAAGAGUUGUUUAGGCGCCUUGGAUGGAACUCACAUCAAGUUAAGAGUUCCUUCUCUCAACAAGGUUCUUCGUGAUGCCAUAAGUAGAAGGAAUGGCUUAAGAGUUCCACAAGGUCACUAUUACUUGGUUGAUGCUGGGUACACCAACUGUGAGGGAUUUCUUGCACCGUAUAGAGGGCAAAGAUACCAUUUAAGUGAAUGGAGAGAAGGGCGACAUCCUAGAAGUGCACAAGAGUGCUUUAAUAUGAGACACUCUUCUGCACGAAAUGUAAUUGAACGGUGCUUUGGUAUUUUGAAGUUAAGGUGGGCUAUACUAACAAGCGCAUCAUUUUAUCCCGUUCGAACACAUAACCGAGUUAUAAUUGCUUAUUGCCUCCUCCACAACUUAAUUCGUCAAGAAGGUGUAGAUCUACUUGAAAAUGAAGUUCCAGAAAUGGGUGUUGAUAUGGAUGGGAUGGAAAACACCCCAAUUCAAAACAUGGAUGCUUCUGAUGAAUGGGCUACCUUUAGGGAUACUCUUGCUAAUGAAAUAUUUACUACUUUUUCUUCUAAUAGGACAUCUAGAUGA